AAUCAUCACUCACUAAGUGCUGUGGCGUAGAUGCUUACACUCUGUCAGAUGACAAUGUGCUGUGCUGUAAUGGAAUCCUUCAUAUCAAUGUUCCUGAGCACUCAGAGUGUGUUGGAGGUGUUAUAUAUUCUCCAGAAAACACUACUUGCCAAAUGUUGACCCGUCCUCGUCUUGGUGAACACUGCUGUGGAAGACAAACCUUCAAUCCUCACACACAUAUUUGCUGUAAUGGACACAGCCACAGCAAGAAGAAUGGCAAAUUCUGUUGUGGUUCAGAAGUCUAUGAUCACCGCAAGAAGUUCUUGAGAUGCUGCUCAGGUCAUCUCUACAACCUAACCCAUUUACAUGAAAAAGCAGAGUGCUGUGGAAACCUAUUGCUGCAAUAUAACAACAAUCAGACUUGCUGUUCCUCCUCAACCAAUUCCAUCAUUUAUAAAACCAAACCAAACCACCGUUGUUGUGGGCAUUACUACUACAACACUUCCCUGUGGAGCUGCUGUGCUGAACAUCUCAAACCAACACCAAAACCUAACAGCUCUCCUGCAGAAUACAGACUUAAACCACUAAUGGACCUGAUCCCUGAAAUGUGCAAAGAAACAGUGUUCUUUGGCAAAGUGGAAAGUGUGGCACUUAAAAACGAUCAACGUCAUGUUGUGUUGAAAGUUGUUGGGCAAGUCGAUGUAAAAUCAGAAAAGGUCAUCAAAGACCCUUGGCUUCAUGUGUCCCUGGAUCACUGCAGCUCUCCUGCUACAGAAAACAACAUGACCUACCUUUGGGAAAACCGCAAUGGAAAGUACAAGCUUCUCUCUCACCCUGUUGACCUAACCUCUGACAUUCACAUGUUCUAUUUUGUAUGUUACCAAAAGAAAGGAUAGACAUGGAUUGAGAUCUAUUUCCUAUGGUUUCCAAAGCAUGCUGGUUUUCAUAAUAUUUCUGUUCUGAAGAGAAUUUGUAUCCUAACACUACUUUAUCAUUAAUGCUAAAUGACUCUAGUAUGUGAAUGACCGCUGUAUUUGAAAGCUAAGAACUUUUAUCCCUUUAAGACAAGUCCAAAGUCUCUACUGUGUGCAGUGUUAAAGCAGAGGCAUCACAUAUCUGUGAAUUUUGCAUCGUCGGUUAAUUUUAUUUCAACCUAAUAAUGGAUUAACACUGUAUGGAGUGUGCAAAAGGGAUAGUUUUCCCAAAAAAGAAAAAGUACUGCUAAUUUACUAAUUUACUCUGCAUUACAUCUUAACCAUUUAAUUCUACAAAAGAGUCACCUAUAUCUUGGAUGGCUUGAGAGCGAGUAAAUUAACAGCAAAUUUUUUAGUUUCGGGUUAACUAUUUCAUUAAGCUAUUUGGCUAAAUGUGUCUGCCAAAUUAAGAAAUAUAUUAAAUGAAUAAAUGUAAUCAAUUUUAGUUUUUAGGUUUGUGUAGUUAACAGGAAAAUGUGAAAAUUACAAUCAAACAGAAAACUUUUUUCAUUUAACCUUUAAAACUUGUUUAAAUCUAAAUUGCUGUGCAAGGCCAGUAUUACUAAACAGGGCAAAUUAGUCAUUCCUAAAUAUCUCAGAUGGGCGUGGGAAUUUCUGUGGGUGAUUUACUAACAAUGCGCAAAUUAUCAUCUCGUUUACAUAUUGACCAACACAAUAGACCAAGCGCAAUACAAAUAAAUUAAAAAUAACAUGGAUUGGCAAACAAUAUGUUCAGAUAAUGCGCUUUCUUGGCAUUCCAAAUAAUUAUUUUUGUUGCUGUUACGUGACGUAGUGGUGUCUGACUAGGGUGAUGACAUCAUUUCGCAAAAUAUUGAUUGGCUGUCCAAAUUAAACUGCAAGAGUGUCGUUUUCAGAUUUAUACACUCUGGGACGCAGUAAAAAAAAAUUGGUUUCAUUCUCCCAAAACGCUCGAUCUUUGUGGAUGAAACGCCAAUACACAUCUCCAUGUAGAUGAAGUCUAUGACACGCUCUUUUGGGGCAUGAAAUAAUGGGGCAAAUACCAGUAAUUUGACGAGCACAAACAUUAGUAAAUCGUGUUCCUUAUUCAGUAAGGUCAGGCAAAUGUCCUUGCCUUUUAAACACGCAUUCUACACUGCUUGUUUUUAGUGAAUCCUGACAGUUCUUUUUUAACGCCAAAAAAAUGUUCAUAAAGCAGGUCUGUAAUUUUAUACGUUAAAACACACUGCAUCACUUAAUAAGCAUUUUUUGUACUGUAUUUAGAUUUUUUUUUAAAUCUCAGGUCUAUUUCAAUUUCUGUUCCAGGUUUUAAUAUUAUUUUUGCAUGAAGCAGGGGCCUUUAUAUACUAUAGAUGAAAGGUGCUUUUAACAUCUAAUAGUGAUUGUUGGUUUAAAAACAACAUCAGCUCAAAUAUAAGCUUAAAUUAUGUAUUUUUAUUAUUAGUAUUUUUAUUUCUUUUCAUGAAUGACAAAUAUGUAUGUUUGUUACAUUCAUUACAAAUGCUCAAUCUGUGUGUUAAAUCUGCAUAGAAAUAUUUUAAGCAUGGUUUUACACAUUUGCACUAAAAUUUGCACUGUUCUGUCUCUGAAAAAAAAAAUAAUAAAAGAAAAUAUAUAUAUACAAUUUGUGAUUGUAUAUGAAUUAUAUUGUUUCUAUCAAACACAUCCUAAUAAAAGGUAGCCUACCGGAAAUGCAUUUCAGGGCAGGUCAUAUGUAAGUUGACAGUAGAAGUACAGUCUUAAAAAAAGGUUCUAUAUAGCACCAAAGAGGGUUCUUUGGUUCGUAAUCAUAGGGGAAACACUUUUAGUGCUAUUUAGCAUCGAUCUUUAAAGGUGUUAUAUAGCACCUUUAUCAAAUGGUGGUAUAUAGAACUACAUUGCAGUGGUUCCUUGGCUUGUUAUCAUAGUGGAACCUUUUUUGGUACUUUAUAGAACAUAUUCUUAAAAAUAAAUAUAAUUUAUAAUUCAUAAUUUGGUUAUUUGUGUAAAACAGAACCAUUGAUGUAUUAUAAAUGACUAUCAUAGAUGAGCCAGUAUGUUUCUAAAUGUGCAUUCUGCAACCAGAUUUCAUAAUUGGUUAGAAAUUUGAAAACUUUUUAAAUUAAUAAUACACAACAAACUGCAAACUAAGUGGCAUACACUGAAGUACGGCAGUGUCUUUCACUCUUUUUACUGUCACCAGCAUAUUAACAUCAGCAGCAUUGUAAGACCUUCAGGAUUUAAAAAACAAUAUAAACUGCAAGUAAACCUGAAGGAGGCCGAGAAAUAGAGACUAUUGACUUUCAGUGACAGGAAGUAAUGUAAGUUUGUGAAUGAAUGUUCAGUGUAGAGUCAGUCAGAGCGCAAAAUGAAGUGCAAAACGUGCAAAACCGCUGCUUUAGGAUACUGGAUUCAAACACAAAAUA